AACGGCACUUAUUGACACCAGCAUAAUUAGCCUCUUAUAUUAACUCGCCACUCUAGCUCCUUGACUGGGCUGGAAAGAAAUAAUCCACUCAGCGCCGAUGUAUCUCGCACCUCCGGUCUGGUCAAGGACGAACGAAUGGUGCAGCGUCUUGAGAGUUUAAGUGGCAAGGCACGGCUGCCCCGAAGCGUUCAAGCCGUAUAUCUACGGCCGCUUCGUAGAAAGGCUGAAUAUGGUCUUCCAGUGUGUGAUCUACAGUUGAGAUCAUACAGCGUUCGAAAUGUUGAAUUCUUUUCGGAUUUCGCUAUACGAGCUGCAUAUUACUUAGGUCUUCCGGUCUCUGGGCCUGUACCUUUACCACGCAUUGUCGAAAGAUGGACUGUGCCCCGAAGCAAUUUUGUUCACAAGAAGAGCCAAGAGAACUUUGAGCGUAUAACCCUGCGUCGGCUGAUUCAGGUCAAAGAUGGGAAUCCACAGACUGUCCAGGCGUGGCUGGCUUUUUUGAGGAAAUAUGCAUUUCAUGGAGUGGGUAUGAAAGCAAACAUGUGGGAAUACGACAGUCUCGAUGUCGUCGAGAACUUGGACAGAGCGGGUCCAGAAACCGAAAAGUCACUUGAAGGACUCCUUUCACAAUUCGGUCAAAGACAAGAUACAAAAUCGGACGAUUCUCUUGUUGAAAUUCUGAACAAAGACCACCUGGUCACACUGAAGAGCCCCUUAUCAGAGGUCGGCAGGCGCUGACCCGUCAAGGCUACUUCCACACAAGCUGCUGCCUUGUUUGAUCUGUAUUACCGGGCCAUGGAAUCUCUGAUACUUCUGCUUAGCGACCUUGGGAGAAAUUUGCAGUCCACACCAUCACACACCAUUCUGUCUCGGCAUGGUUCUCAACAGCUUUCGCAAAUGCAAAUAAGAACACAAUCCCAACAUGACACCCACUGCUAUGGAUCCCCGGCCUUCAAUCAUCUCAUGUAGCCCCGUGUC